CACCCUGAAUUCGAGUUAACCGUGAGAAAUUUGUCAUCGGGAGUGAAAAUUUCAUUGGAGAUAUCCGGAAAUUCGAGAUAAGCGAAUUCGAGUUAAACGGAGCAUUUAACAUGGUGUCCUACGGGGUUCCGCCGGGACCAAGCAUUGAACUUCGAGAUAAGCGGAAUUUCGACUUAGCAGGAUUCGAGUUAACGAGUUUUCACUGUACAUCUAAUGUCCUUAAGGGAUUAAGGGGUUGCUGCAACUACUGUACAACCGGGAUCGGUGCUCGAGGGGAGAGCCGGAGGUGGGAUGGACGUGAGCACAAAGUGCGCCUGCGCCAACCAGUCAGCGCAGGAAGGCUGGAGACGGGACGGAAGGGUUUCUGAGUUGAGUCUGGAUUGGUAAGCAGCAGCACAACACACUCUUCAAGUCCUCUUAGUUAUCAGUAUGACAAUGCCUAAGAGGUCUGUGAAUUUGAGUGCUGGCACUUGGAGCACCAAUUGUCACCCUGUGGUGGCAUUGACUGAGAGGGAAUACCUAUCCCAUAAGAAGAAUCCCAAGGCUGAGAAUGAGAAUUUCCUUCUGUCAAGAUUCAGAGGGGCUGAGAACUUGUAUCGCAAGAACCUGCAUGCUCACUUUGGUUGCGUCAAUGCACUCCAGUUCUCCAAAGAUGGCAAAUGCCUAAUGUCUGGCGGAGAUGAUGCACGAGUACUACUCUGGGAUGUGGGUCGUACUCUUCAUGGGAAUCCCAAUGACAUCCAGCCUGCAGUCAUGAAGACCAAGCACAAUUCCAAUAUCUUCACGCUUGAUUUUGACAGUCGGCAUGAGAAGAUUUUUUCUGGUGGAAACGAUCAGACUAUCAUCAUUCAUGAUGUAGAAACAGGGGAACCUGUAGAUGUUUUUCGAGACCAAGAUGCCAUUUAUGGAAUCUCAGUCCAUCCACAAGAUGAUAAUUGCUUCACAACUGCUGUCCACAAUGGUAGUGUGCUUUUGUAUGACAUUCGUGCUCCUCCCUCUGAAGAUCCUGUGUGCUUGGCAAAGCACCCAGCUCCUUUCCAUGCUGUGAUGUUCAACCCCUGUCAACCAAACCUGGUUGCUACAGCCAAUGUUGGUUAUGGCGUGAAUCUGUAUGAUGUCCGCAGUCCUCGCAUAUGUCUCCGGAAAUAUGGAAAGAGGGUUGGUGAAUCAGCGAUGAAUGUGCGGUGGAAUGAUGCUGGCACCCUCCUCCUUGCUCUUCGUAGAAGCCUCAGUCCCAUUGUUUUUGCUGUUGGGCAAGAAGAGCCUCUCUAUGAAUUCUAUCAGCCUGGGUAUGUCAAUGAGUGCACAAUGAAGAGUUGCACUUUUGGUGGCCCCAAUGAUAGAUUUGUGAUAUCAGGGUCAGAUGAUUUCAAGGUGUACAUCUGGGAGAUCCCACAGUCACGAUCUGAUAAUGGUGAGAGAGUGGAUGGUGCCAGUUUGGUGUUGAAGGGUCACCGAUCCAUUGUGAAUCAGGUCCGUUAUGAGCCUUAUUCGUGCCUCCUGGCCUCAUGUGGUGUAGAAAAGAUCAUCAAGCUAUGGAGCCCUUUUGAGAUCCCAUAUUCCAGUGGGGGGCUAAGAAAGGAUUGUCCCACUGAGGAUAAAGAGAGACAACUCUGCUCUCGUAAUGAAUACAUUCAGCUUGUUCUUCGCACUGGCCAGCUUCUGAGUCAUGAUUACAGUGAUCAGUCAAAAGAGGAAGAUCCACGCAUGAUGGCAUUCUUUGAUGCCCUCCUUCAUCGAGAGCUGAAUGGAUGGAGCUCAGAUGACUCCAAUUCAAGUGUUCAUUCCUUUGCUUCCUCCAUCCCAGUUGAAUCAGACUCCCAAUCCUCAUCCUCUUCAUCCUCUGAGUCAUCUGAGGAAGAGGAAAUGCCAGAAAGAGGGACUGAGGAGGUAGCACUUCGCCCCCGUCGAGAGCCAUCCCCUGAGUCCUUGGCAUUCUUGCGGUCAUUCUUUGGGAAGGCACGGAACACUCUGGCCAAUCUUUCACCUGGGAGAAAUCCCCAAACAUCAUCUCCCAGCACAGCUACCCCAUCUGCAGCUAGUACAAGCCCUCUCCCUACCGAGUUAACUUCUGUUGAUGGCUCUCCUGCAUCUUCCUCUAGUGGAUCUGGAGCUCAGCGAAGAAGUUUUUGGCGCUUUGGCCGCUCCAAGGGUCCCUUACGCUUCCAAGCAGGAUGCAAGCAAGCUCAAGAGAGUCAACGUCAGUAUGACUUGGAGGAAGCAGAGAUGCGAUUUGAUGUCCGUUCCAUGAAGUUCCAGAGAGUGAGGAGAGGAGGAUCUCCAUUACCAGCAGGAGGAGCAGGAGCUGGAUAUGAUGGACCUUCUACAUCCAAAGAGCAUUAUGACAGUGACAUUCUUGAACCUGCCUCCAAGAAGGGAAAGGCCUCCCACAACUGCGGAGCCAAUACCAGUCAGUUUGAGGACACCAAGGAAGGUAAAAGAGGGAAUCUUUUCAAAGAAAGUACAGUCAAGUUAUCAAGUCCAAAUGGUGGGAUGGCAAAUGGCACAUGUACAGCUGCUUCCUCCACUUGUGACAGUGAGUCCACCUCUAGUGACCACCAAGUGACUUUCCGCAAACUCACCCAAAGUAUUACCAAGCGUCAUUAUCGAUCACCUCCUCGGCAAGAUUCUGAUUGAUCUGUCCAUGAACUCCUUGGCUUUCAAUCAUUAGAAUAUUCAGUUGUGUCUGUUUGUAGUGAAAAGGUGCUCUCAUACAGUCUUUGUUUAUGUUUUUGAAAGUCAGGAAACAAAUGAUGCUGAUGAUAUUGAGCUGAUACUGUGAUUGAAGUAAAAAAAAUUUUGUCUA